UUCACCCAUAUCAAGCUGGGUAACGUAGUAGAAGUAAGAGGAAUAGCACACUUAGUGUCUGUCCAUUUACAGAUCACCAGGGACAAUCUUUCGCGUAUAAGCGAGAACCUCGCAAUUGAAUUAACAUCUCGUCCGUGAACCUGCGCCUUUGCUAGGAAGCUUGCUAACGAGUCACCACGACGAAGCAGAGACGACGUUUUAAAUGAGGACAGGGACGCAGCCAGGCGGCCGUCUAUCGAUUGAAUGCUUUGGGAUGGCACCUAUCUUGACACUCUGGCUUGCUGUGUGUCUCAGUGGGGCACUGGCUGUGGAGAGAGCCAACUUCAAAACCUGUGACCAGAGUGCCUUUUGCAAACGUCAGCGAGCAUUGAACCCUGGUGAGUCGCCCUAUCGAGCCCUACUAGAAACUAUGGAGCUCACAAACAGUAGGCUCACCCUGCAGCUCAAGAAUGACAAGAACAAGGUGCGUCUGCUCCUGGAGCUCUAUCGUCUCCAGGGAAACAUAACGAGGGUGAAAAUUAAUGAGCUGAAGCCGCUCAAGCCUCGCUAUGAGGUCCCAGACGUGCUCAUCAGAGAGCCGCCUACAGAGCCCCUGUCUCUCUUGUCUCAGGACGAGAACGGAGUGGUUCUGUCCCUGGGGGCGGAGUCUCAAAGGGUCAUUGUCAGUGCACUGCCCUUCCGAUUGGACAUUAUGGAGGGGCGAGAUGUGCUGCUCUCGCUAAACUCGCGUGGCCUUUUGGCCUUUGAACACUUACGGAUACGCAAGGACACUUUCUCCUAUUUAAUAACUGGCACAUUGGCUAGUGUGUGGAAUAAUGUCAAGAGUGUUUUCUCUAGGCAGGCAGACCGAGAGACUGAGGAGGCAAAUUUGGAAGAUGAGGCUAUGUUGGAUGAAAAAGAUGAAGAGGGCAUGUGGGACGAAACGUUUAAAUCAUUUACAGACACCAAACCAAAUGGUCCAACCGCUGUCGGUCUAGACUUUUCAUUGCCGGGCGUGGAGCACGUCUAUGGCAUUCCAGAACACGCAGACAGCCUCCGACUUAAAACUACAGAUAAUGGAGAUCCAUAUCGGCUCUAUAAUUUGGACGUAUUCCAAUAUGAGCUGGAUAAUCCUAUGGCACUUUAUGGUUCCGUACCUGUUAUGUUGGCCCACAAUGCACAGCGAACAACAGGAAUGUUUUGGCUCAAUGCUGCUGAGACCUGGGUUGACAUUAGCUCCAAUACUGCAGGGAAGACUGUGUUUGGAAAAAUGCUGGAUUACGUGCAGGGCUCCAGUGAGACCCCACAGACUGAUGUGCGUUGGUUCUCUGAAAGCGGCAUCAUUGAUGUCUUCAUAAUGCUUGGCCCAACACCAAAAGAUGUCUUUUCGCAGUACGCCUCCCUGACAGGCACCCAGGCCUUCCCUCCUCUGGCCGCACUGGCCUACCACCAAUGCCGCUGGAACUACAACGAUCAGGAAGACGUACAGUCAGUGGAUGCCGGCUUCGACGAGCAUGACAUUCCCUAUGAUUUCAUCUGGCUCGAUAUUGAGCACACGGACGGAAAACGCUACUUUACCUGGGACACCAACAAGUUUCCCACACCCAAGGAAAUGCUUCAGGGUCUCAUGGAUAAGAAGCGCAAGAUGGUAACCAUUGUAGACCCUCAUAUCAAGGUGGACAGCAGCUACAAGAUCCAUAAUGAAAUCAAGUCUCAAGGUUUCUACACAAAGAAUAAAGAUGGCGGUGACUAUGAAGGCUGGUGUUGGCCUGGCAGUGCCGGUUAUCCAGACUUCACACGUGAAGACAUGAGGGCUUGGUGGGCCAGCAUGUUUGCCUACGACCAGUAUGAGGGCACGAUGGAGAACUUGUAUACAUGGAAUGACAUGAACGAGCCUUCAAUAUUCAACGGGCCCGAGAUCACCAUGCACAAGGACUCGAAGCAUGGAGAGUGGGAGCACCGUGACCUGCACAACCUUUAUGGCUUUUACGUGCAAAAGGCCACAGCGGAGGGCCUAAUCCAGAGAUCAGGAGGGGUCGAAAGACCUUUUGUCUUGGCUCGUGCCUUCUUUGCUGGGUCACAGCGCUAUGGUGCUGUGUGGACUGGCGACAAUGCUGCUGAGUGGAGUCAUCUAAAAAUCUCCAUCCCUAUGUGUCUGAGUAUGGGUCUGGUUGGAAUAGCUUUUUGCGGUGCUGAUGUUGGGGGUUUCUUCAAGUCUCCCAGCUCAGAGCUGUUGGUACGUUGGUACCAGACAGGAGCCUAUCAGCCCUUCUUCAGGGCCCACGCCCACAUGGACACCACCCGUCGUGAGCCAUGGCUCUUCGGCCCAGAGAACACCGCUCUGAUCCGAGAGGUUGUGCGGCAACGCUAUAGCCUCCUGCCGUAUUGGUACCAGCAAUUCUACCACACGUAUCACACUGGGCAUCCUGUCAUGAGGCCGCUGUGGGUGGAAUAUCCUCAGGACCCUGCUACUUACACUCUGGAGGAUGAAUUCUUGAUUGGCAGAGACUUGUUGGUGCACCCCGUCACUGAAGAGGGAGCCACUGGUGUAACUGCUUACCUGCCAGGAAAAGAAGAGGUUUGGUUUGACAUCCACACCUUCCAGAAGCACAAUGGCGGCCAGAACCUUUACAUUCCUGUUACCAUGAGCUCUAUCCCGGUUUUCCAACGUGGUGGCUCCAUCAUUCCCAGAAAGCUUCGUGUGCGUCGAUCUUCCUCCUGUAUGGAGCACGACCCCUACACCUUGUAUGUGGCUCUUAGCCAUCAGCGAGCGGCAGAGGGAGAACUCUACAUUGAUGAUGGACACACUUUCAACUUUGAGAAGAGGGAGUUCAUUCACAGGAGGCUGUCAUUUGCCAACAACAACCUAUCCUCUGUAAACCUUGCUCCAGCGGCCCAUUUCUCUACCCUCUCCACCAUUGAACGCAUUGUCAUGGUGGGGGCUACUAGGCCCACCAAGGCAACCCUGAAGACAGCUGAUGGUCAGAUGAGCCAGCUUGAGUUUGACUUUGAUGCCUCCAUGUCAGUCUUGACGCUUCGCAAACCUGGCAUGAACGCAGGCACUGACUGGACUGUGAUGCUACAGUAACCAAGGAGACAGCAGAGGAGGAGCCGGAGGAAAAAGUGACUGAAGAGAAAUGAGCAACAGGAUUCCCCACUGUGUAAAUUAGAAGAAAUGCGUAACACAUCCAAACACAUGUAUACAUACACUCACACACAUAUUUCACUUACAUAUGUCAAGUGUCCGCAUGCACCCCACACUCUUAUCUGAAGUGAAAGUCCAUACACCUAUGGUGUCCCCUCUUUUGUGUAAUGUUGUAUAAAUUAUAUCAUCUGAUGUUAAUAAUUAACAAGUAAAUUCAUACUCUAUUGAGCCUUUGGAGUCCGGGUAAACCUAUAAUUGUUAAAGCAAAUGGUCCGCCUGCUGAUGUGUUAAAAACUGAGGUUAUUUUUUCAUUCCAAUAUGUAAUUUAGAUUUUUAGGUUUUGCGAUAUGAAGACAAUUGAUCCUGCUUCUUACCUUUUCAAUUUACAGUUAGCAUUUUUCAGCCUUUUCAUAAAUUAGUGACAGAUCAAGUUGUGUACAUGGAAGUAAUUUUAUUCGUUUUGGUAAGGGAACAUUUCAAUCAUCUGCUGCACAAAAAGUAAUUAUUUUAAACAACGCACUUCUUGGUAAUAGGAAUAAUUUUGGCUACUGAACCACUGACCUGUACGGACGGGGGUCAUCCUGUUGGAAGUUUUCUUUCUUUUUUUAGUUAUGUUGGCAUUUUCAUUUUCUGUUUACUAUUUUUUUUAAUGCGCUUGUAACCACCCAAGAGUUUGAAGUUCCAUCUUGAAUCCAACAUUUCCAGAUUUUGUCUGUCUCGAUGAUCUUAAUGUAAAUCUGAAAGGUAUACACAUUUUUGUUUCCGGAAUUCACCUUAGAAAGGCAGUCCCUAUGUCAGCUGCAUUGCACAAACCUAAAUGAUCAUUGAGUUUGAUUUUGUCCUGUUCUUUCAAAUUGUGUCAAUCUGCUUUUGUAUUAUUUUUAUGAUUGUAAAUGUUGCUGCAAUGUUGGGGGAUUCAACUUGAUACAGUGGAAGUGAAGGAACAGACUAGCUGUCAAGAGUUGUCAGAUAUACUUUAAAAGAUGUGACCAAGUGAAAAUAAAAUGACCAAUUGUGAUAGAAGACCA